GGCUUACAACCACUGAAUCGACAUUUUGCAUUGAAUCUUUCGACGAGUCAUACCUAUAAUUGUAUACAUAUUGGGUUUCUAAACUGAAAUUAUUGUAACACUUAAUUCUUUGUUACACAUUACUGCUGUAUUAAAGUAUAUUACUCUAAAAUAAAAGUUACAUUUCAUCGCGCUAACAAAAUUCAAUAGUGGAAAAAAUUAAAGCAAUGGAUGAUGGUACAGCUGGAACUGGUCAAUAUUUAUUUUGGCAAUGGAAUGAUAAGACAGGUUAUAGAUAUUUGCGUUGUGUAUAUAUUGUCUCUAAGUUGUGUUAUAUUUGAAGUAAUCUGAAUUUGUUAUGACACGUGAAUUAUGGCGGCGCUACUGAAAGACGUAGUCCUGACUCCAACCCACCCUAAAACGUUAUUACUGCAGAAACAUGUUGAUUAUAUAGCAUCGUAUGGGACUGACAAAGAUGAAUACGAGUUCUGCAUGACGGAGUACCUGCGCAUGUCGGGCGUGUACUGGUGCCUCACGGCCGUCGAGCUGGCGGGCCAGCCGGGCCGCCUGGACCGCGAGGAGAUCCUGUCCUUCGUGCGGCGCUGCCAGGACGAGUCCGGGGGCUUCGGCGCCAGCGUCGGCCACGACCCGCACGUCCUGUACACGCUGAGCGCGAUACAGAUACUCACUAUGUACGACGCAGUGGAGACGGUGGACGUGGGGAAGGUGGUGGACUACGUCAGGGGCCUUCAACAAGAUGACGGCAGUUUCUGCGGGGACAAGUGGGGCGAGGUGGACACCCGCUUCUCCUUCUGCUCUGUUCUCUGCUUGUCGCUGCUGGGAAGGCUCGAUGCUAUAGACGUGGACAAAGCUACUGAUUUUGUUGUAUCCUGCAUGAACUUCGAUGGUGGAUUCGGCUCCAAACCUGGUUCGGAAAGCCACGCUGGUCUCAUUUACUGUUGUGUAGGAAUGCUGUCCGUAACAGGCCAGCUGCACCGGCUGGACGCCGACCUGCUGGGGUGGUGGCUGUGCGAGCGGCAGCUGCCCUCCGGGGGGCUGAACGGCCGGCCGGAGAAGCUGCCCGACGUGUGCUACUCCUGGUGGGUGCUCUCCUCGCUCAGCAUGCUGGGACGCCUGCACUGGAUCGACGGGGCCGCCCUCGCCGGCUUCAUCCUCGCCUGCCAGGACGCCGAGACGGGGGGCUUCAGCGACCGUCCCGGCGACGUGCCCGACCCCUUCCACACGCUGUUCGGGCUGGCGGCCCUGUCGCUGCUGGGCGACGCGGCGGUGGGGGCCGUCAGCCCCACGUACUGCAUGCCGCAGCGCGUCGUCGACCGGCUGGGGCUCCGGCCCCAGAGACUCUCCGUCUGACGCGGGCGACACCCGGGAGUAGUUGCUCUUCACGUACUUUCGCGUGGGUCUUCGGCGGUCGCGACUCUGCUAGCACGCGUUGCGGUCUUGAAUCCAAAACACUCUGGCAAUGAUUACCGAGUUAGCAUCAAACUGGUCAAGGGCCAGAGGUUCCACCGCUUUAGCCCCUGUGCAACACUACGUGAUGUAAACCUAUCGAAAAAAAAAACGAAACAAUUUUUCGCACUAGGUUAAACAAUGUAUUGAAUUUAUUUCCGACUCUCUCCCAUGACCGAGCUACCUUUAUCACUAGUUAUCGGUAUUGAGUUGACACCUGCAGCCCUUUGAAAGAACAAGUUUCUCGGAACAUGCAAACAGAAAAGAAUAAUGUUAGUACAGUAUGCAGACGAGCAUAGGACUUUGCAUCCACAAUUUUUCUGGUUCCAAAUCUUGUAUGUGCACCCAGAUUUUUUUCUUUUGUAAAAGAAAGUGACCCAUCUAGUCAUCCAAACACUUGUCACAUAAAUAAAAAUGUAUGCAUAUUGUCAUUUUAUGAGGAUAAAUCUAUAACUGGCUCAAAACGUGCGCUCUUCAUUAUCCUAGCUAUGCAGCUUUUUAUUUUAUCUUCGAUGAUACGAAGAAAGAUGGACAUAACAGCUAUUAAAAGACAAAAACAGUUUGUCAGUGUGUUGUCCAAGGUGGUUGUUUGUCUGCAGCAACUCUCGUCAUUUUCUGGCCACUGUUUUUUUUUGUGCUUGUCACAUUUCUCCAACUAAACUCCUUACAUGAAAUUCUUUGUGCUUCUAGGAAUUUUACAUCAGCUGAUUUUGGCUUGUUCUCGAUUUAUAUAU